GGAUAUCAAUCAGACGUGCGAACUUCUGUACCAUCAGACAGCGCAGUGGUCGAAGACGACGAGGAGGUCAAGGGGAAGUGGCAUUGAUGGGGAGGACCAUAAUGCGACCAUCUCACCCUAAACUACCGCCCGCGCGAUGAACCGCCGCACCAGCUCCACCUCCACCUCCACUCACCCUCCACCCCCGCCAGGACGCCAGCACAGCUACGCCACAUCCACUUCCUCUCGCAGAAAUGACGGUCUCACCCGCCGCCUCUCCGCCCUCUCCACGGCGGAGUCAGGCGAAGUGCAAGACCCUGCCGCCACUGCAGCCGACGAAACGGUAGCGGAAGAGAUCGCCGAGAUCAAACGCUACGAGGACUUCACCACCAUCGACUGGGUGCAGGAUGCGGCGCGGGAGAACCAACGCCGCAAAGCGCGACGCGCGCAACGGGUCGACUACUUUGACCGCGAGGGCCGGAUCGGGUGGAGGAGGAAGGUGUGGGAGGCGUACGAUGCGGGUCAGGGCUGGAUCGUCGUGACCUUGAUCGGCGUCGCUAUAGGACUCAACGCCGCCUUCCUCAACAUCGUCACCGAAUGGCUCUCCGACUUGAAACUAGGCUACUGCACCACUGCCUUCUACCUGAACGAAUCCUUCUGCUGCUGGGGCGCCGAAGGCGGCUGCGCGGAAUGGCACCACUGGAGCGGGCACUUCUGGCCGAUCAACUACCUCCUCUACAUCCUCUUCGCCGGCCUCUUAUCCUACACCUCCGCCCGCCUCGUGAAAUCCUACGCCCCCUACGCCGCCGGCUCCGGGAUAAGCGAAAUCAAAUGCAUCAUCGCCGGCUUCGUCAUGAAAGGUUUCCUCGGCUUCCGCACGCUGCUGAUAAAAACCCUCGCCAUGCCCCUCGCCAUCGCCUCCGGGCUAUCAGUCGGCAAAGAGGGCCCCAGCGUCCACUACGCCGUCUGCACUGGUAAUGUCAUUUCCCGCCUCUUCACCAAAUACCGCCGCAACGCCGCCAAGACCCGCGAGAUCCUCUCUGCGUGCGCGGCAGCAGGCGUGGCCGUCGCGUUUGGGAGUCCCAUCGGCGGCGUCCUGUUCAGUCUGGAGGAAAUGAGUAAUUACUUCCCGCUCAAGACUAUGUGGCGCAGCUACUACUGCUGCCUCGUCGCCACCGCCGUCCUCGCGGCAAUGAACCCCUUUCGCACAGGCCAACUGGUCAUGUUCACAGUCCGCUACGACCGCAGCUGGCAUUUCUUCGAACUCCCCUUCUACAUCCUGCUUGGACUCUUCGGCGGUCUCUACGGCGCUUUCGUCAUGAAGUGGAAUCUUCGCGUUCAAGCGUUUCGGAAACGCCAUCUCGCUCCUUACCCGAUCCUCGAGUCCACUAUCCUCGCUCUCGCGACGGCGGUAUUGUGUUAUCCGAAUAUGUUCCUCCGCAUCGACAUGACCGAGAGCAUGGAGAUCCUCUUCCUCGAAUGCGAAGGCGGACACGACUACGACGCCCUUUGCGACCGCUCGAACCGGUGGUCCAUGAUCCUCGCCCUUCUGCUCGCCACUGUGCUUCGCACAUUCCUGGUAAUCAUCUCUUACGGCUGUAAAGUCCCCGCCGGAAUCUUCGUCCCCUCCAUGGCCAUCGGUGCCUCCUUCGGGAGAAUGCUGGGGAUUCUAGUCCAAGCUUUGCACGAGACUUUUCCAACUUCCGCCUUCUUUGCGGCUUGUGAAGCCGACGCCCCCUGCAUCACACCAGGUACCUACGCCUUCCUUGGUGCCGGCGCAGCGUUGGCGGGGAUCAUGCACAUCACCGUUUCCGUCGUGGUCAUCAUGUUCGAACUCACAGGCGCACUGACCUACAUCCUGCCCACCAUGAUUGUCGUCGGCGUCACGAAAGCCGUGGCAGACCGGUGCGGUAAGGGAGGGAUCGCGGACCGGAUGAUCUGGUUCAACGGGUUUCCCUUUCUCGACAAUAAAGAAGAGCACUCCUUCGGCGUGCCGGUUAGUCAGACCAUGACGGCCAACCCUACCACUCUCCCCGCUGCAGGAAUGUUGAUACGGGACGUGGAAAAAGUGCUGGCCGAGACGAAGUACCAGGGUUUUCCUGUCGUUGAUAACGAUGAGAAUAAGAUCCUACUCGGCUACAUUGGUCGAACAGAGUUGAGGUACGCCCUCGAUCGCGCGAAGAGGGAACAACAAGUCAGUCUGCACGCCCGCUGUUUCUUCGCCCCGCCAGAUGGACCUGCGACAGCUACCACACCCUCCGCCAGUCUUCCUGGGGUGACAUUUGACGACAUGGCCGGGCAAGGGGAGAUGAACGUGGAUUUCUCGAAAUUUGUCGAUCCCACCCCGCUGGCUGUUCAUCCGCGCUUGCCGUUGGAGACGGUGAUGGAAUUAUUCAAGAAGCUCGGCCCGCGUGUCAUUCUGGUUGAACACCGAGGCAGAGUGGUGGGGUUGGUGACGGUGAAGGAUUGUUUGAAGUUUCAGUUUAUGGUGGAGGCGGAGGAGCAUCCACGACAGGAUGGGAGUGGCAUUCGGGAGCAGCAGGAUAAGUUGUGGGACCUGAUGCGGAAAGUGGCGGGGCUGAUGGGGAGGUGGACUGGGGGGAGGUUGAGGUUGGGGGAGGUUUCGCCACCGGGUUCGGCGGGGCUGCCGGCUGAGACUGAGAGGAGGGUGGGAGAGGGUGGGAGGACGGGUGAGGUGGAGUUGGAUGACCGAUAACACGUAUGUCAUGCCGUUGUCACCCAUUUCAAAGUUCCUACAAAGUACUCGUCCUGCUCGCUUUCACGUUUGCACGGCAAAACGUUUCCAUACCUUCCCUACGCCGGAUACUCCGGUCGCAGCCAUGAUGUUGCU